AGACGGAAACUUCGCUGAUGGUAUUUAGCAGACAGGCAGAAGGACAGCCCCAACAUGACUACACAGCGUUUUGCUUACACGAUCACGAAGAGUCCCACAUAUUGGCAUAAAGAGAAGCCAUCCGUUGCCCGUCCAGGCGUCACGAAAUCACUGUGCGGGAGUUCGCACAUCUCUGACCCAGCUCCCGCAUUUGCUAGUCUGGACGGCUGAUGGAGUGAAGAACUUUGACCAGGAAAGCAAUGGGCAGGAUCCAAGUUUUGCCCGUUUCGUAGCAACCACAACGACGAACCGCUACAACGAUCAUGACUCCCACCACAACAUCGACGACCGCUGCUCCUCUGGAUGCCUUGGACAGCAUCACUUCGCACUCCAUGGAAAGGCUACCAGCCUGGAGGGGUUGCCACGUUAAAUUAUGGCUAGCUUUUCUCCAUCUUUCUCGGCAUCUUGCUCCCCUUUUGCCUUGUAUUCUCAUGAAAUACUGGGCGAAAGGGGUCGAGAGGAAGGGACCAAGAUGAAGCCAAGCUGAGUCUAACUAAGCCGCAUCAUUCGCGACAACCCAAGCGACAACGAUUUGGACCACUUAGCCAAAUGCGCAAGGAUGUGCGCAGACUAUGUGGCGACAGGCAGCGAAGGAUGUGCCGGAUUUGUCUACGAGAAGCAAGAUAGGGCCCCGCUCUACAAGAAGCGCAUGGCGGGAGUAGCGGUUCCUAGGUAGCGGCACGCCUGUUCGAAAAGGUGAACAGAAGUGGUGAGGAGGUGGGGAGAAGACAUCACUUCGAUGGAACAUGGAGCGAUUAUCUAAUUUCUGUGGGAUGGACACAUCAUUGC